UAACUGACCAUCUGCUACGAUCCUAAUCUUCUGUUCCGCAGAAAACCCUAACUGUACCGCUCCUUCACGCAUUAGGAGAUGGCAAAGUCGAAGAACCACACAGCUCACAACCAGUCCUACAAAGCCCACAAAAAUGGCAUAAAAAAGCCAAAGAGGCACCGCCACACUUCCACCAAAGGGAUGGAUCCCAAGUUUCUGAGGAACCAGAGGUACGCAAGGAAGCAUAACAAGAAGAGUGGUGAGGCAGCCACGGAAGAAGAGUAAAGUGCUACUACAUAAUGGGGCUGUUAGGAUCCUCACCUUAGAUUUCUUGUUCGAGCUCUACAUGUUUUUUUGUGUCAAAUUUAUCUUCAGUAGUGUAGUCAUUUUUAUGCUACUCUUAUAGCAUUGCUACUGGUUUAUGUUGAAGACCCUUGAAAUUUUAUUACUGGAAUUUUUAGUUGCUUGUGUUUUCAGUAACUUCUAUAGUAAUGUUCAAUUUUGAUGUUAUAACAGACUGUCAG